UCUGCGCUGAUCGCCGGCCGAGCCGCUGCAUUCCCUCCGUCACUUUACACACAUUACAUCGUCGCAUUUUCCGACGCCGAGGUGUCCGGUGUCGGCGUACAACCCGAGAAUCCUUCCUUGCCGACACAGUGUUUAUACGUACACGACCCUGGUGCCGAACCACGUGCUCCGAGUGCCGCCGCGUUUCGGACAGUCGUGCAUCCGAGCCGGCCGUGGAAAGAUCUAGCUGCUGGGAACAAUCGUCCCUCGAGAAGCAGCUACUGAGCUAAAAAAAACCUUCUGAGAGGCCCCUAUUUGAAUUCACCGCCACAGGACAUUACCAAAAGUGAACAUUUUUGUAUAAACUUCCGAUUUGGGCGCGGUGUCCGAGAAAGUGGAAAGUUUGAAAGGAUGUUUGCGGAAUUGCAGGCGUGAGUCGUGGCUUAUGUCCCGGCGGCCUCGGGCCUGAGCUCCCCCCUGGUCGCGCCCCCCUGCGCCCCCGCCGCGUUGGCCCUGCACGAGGUCGGGCCCCUGGCCGACGCCGCUCCCCGGCCGCCCCGAGCUUCUCCGGGCGCGCGAGGCCCGCACGAGAGUGCCCUCUCGCCGCUGCAGCCCGCCGGCCUCCACCAAGACCCCAACAUGCUGUACAACACCCCGUACUACAAUUACUCGCCGCUGCCCUCCUCAUACUACCCACAGGUCAAACGAGCACGAACGGAAGCUCCUGAAAACGAAGUCCCAGAAAGAAGCAGAUCACUAGAGCCAGCAAGCGGCAACAUUUCGAGUCCAGCGAGCCAGUCGGAUUCGACCACUUGCGGUUCGCCGCCGUCGGCCGCCACCAGUGCGCCUCCGAGUUCUCAGCAGCAGGACAGCGCGGCCACCCCGGCCGUCAGUUCGGCCGCCACACCCGCGGCCACGGCCACCUCCGCGUCGUCCAUUGCUGCCACCCCUGCCCACCUCACCAAUGGACUUCCACCCCAUCACUCUUCUGCCUCUCAGCCUCCAGUUACAGGUCAAGAGGGAAGUUCUGUGAUGGAAGCUGGCAGCUCGACCUCCCCGCACCAAGCACCUGUGACGUCAUACUCCAGCACCUCCUGGGCAGUGGCUGGAGAUUCGAACGCAGGCGACCCGAUCAGCUCAUACACCGGAGAAAAAGACUAUCACCAAACUUCGACGUAUCCUUCUCAGUAUUACAACAGCAUGAGUCAAGCGUACGGCGGGCAAAGUGCUGCGUCGGCAUACAUGCAGAGUCCAGGCUUCUACUCGAGCCAUCAGGCGCAGACAGCAUCGCCUUACGGAAUGCUCUCGUCGAGUUACGGCUCCGUUGCUUCGCGUGGAUUAAGCCAGUCGUGCAAGGUGAGCUCCAACCUGAGCUCUGCAGUGGCGGCGGCCGCCGCGGCCAGCUACUUAGGCAGCCCCUACUCAACGGCGUUCGCCAGCAGCGCCAGCGUCCAGGCUGCGCAGCCUCCGGCGGCUCAUCCGUACUCAUAUGGCAACAGCAGCUACUCCGCUUCAGGCGUCUCCUCCACUUCGGGAUCGUUUUCUGCCAACGGCACCACCUCCUCUCAGCCCUUUGCAUCUCAGCAGGCUGCGAGCAGUAUGGACUACGGAGGCUACCCCUAUACCCAGGCAACAGCCGGCGGCUACCCUUACUACCACCCUCAGUCAAGCUACUCGCCCUACAUGACCGCCUCGUCGGCCGCCUCUCCAUCCAGCAAUGGCAGUGGCAGCACCAGCGGCGGCGGCCUCUUGGGCGCCAGCAAUGGUUCCUCCUCAUCGGGAGGCUCGUACCACUUGGCCUCUCUCACAACUCAACCUCCCAUUUCUGCUGACAGUCCUAGCAACUACACUUUGGCAGAGGCAGGUCCAAACUCUCCAGUGAAGGCUGGCUCGAUUCCUGGAGGGUCGGAUGCCAACGGUAUUGGCAACAGAAGGACAUCAGCAGCGUCCUCUAGAGACCCAAAUGGUGCAGAACCAGCUGCACAGGCGAGUAGCAGAGCAAGCAGGGGACGCAACCGCAGACAGAACAAUCCCUCACCUAGUCCUGAGAGCAACUUGGAAAGGGUCUUUAUCUGGGACUUGGACGAGACAAUAAUCAUCUUCCACUCGCUGCUCACUGGUUCAUUUGCAACCAGAUACGGAAAACAGGACACAAAUGGUGUCGUCCAGCUUGGCUUCCGAAUGGAGGAGAUGGUGUUCAGCCUUGCAGACACACACUUAUUCUUCAACGACGUUGAAGAUUGUGACCAAGUUCACAUUGACGAUGUAGCUUCUGAUGACAACGGACAAGAUUUGGGAGAUCUUGUUAACAGCACCUACAACUUUGCCGCCGACGGCUUCCACGCUGCCGCCAGCAAUGGGAACUUGUGUCUCGCCACUGGAGGUGUCCGAGGCGGCGUCGACUGGAUGCGCAAACUUGCUUUCCGCUACCGCCGAAUCAAGGAGAUGUACAACAACUACAGGCACAGUGUCGGGGGGUUACUCGGCCCCACCAAAAGGGAGCAGUGGCUGCAGCUACGAGCUGAAAUUGAGGCUGUCACAGAAAACUGGCUGACCCUGGCCAUCAAGUGCAUCUCCCUAAUUAACUCUAGACCAAACUGUGUGAACGUCUUGGUGACCACAACUCAGUUGGUGCCAGCUUUAGCCAAAGUUUUGCUAUUCGGACUUGGAGGACUCUUCCCCAUCGAGAACAUCUACUCAGCCACCAAAAUUGGCAAAGAGAGUUGCUUUGAGAGAAUUGUGACGAGAUUUGGACGAAAAUGCACUUAUGUGGUCGUUGGAGACGGACAAGAUGAAGAAGCAGCUGCCAAACAGAUGAAUUUCCCAUUUUGGCGCAUCUCGAGCCACAGUGACACAGCUGCUCUCUACAAUGCCCUGGACAUGGGAUUUCUCUGAUCGCCUCAAAUGUGAGACAUCGUCGCGCACUUCCAAGCUCUCUCCGUUCUAUACCUAGGCUUAUGUUAAAUGAUUUUGUGAUCACAGGCAGGGACUGAUCAACCAAUUUGUCAAUGGCCAGCCGACCAGGUUCAUUUACUUAUUGUUACUAUGCUAUUCACAAGAAAGAUAAUAUGUACUAUUUGACACUUUUGUUAAGCUUAAAUCUAUAUUUGAAUAUUAUUUGCAGAUCUUAAUGAAUAAAUAAAUAAUGAAAAAUGAUAUAUUUAUCAAAGCUUAAUAUGUAGGCGUGUUAAGAAUGAAGAUCUCUCAUUUGUAAAAUGUCAAGUUGAUUAUUUCACCUUGUAAAUGAAAGAAAGCUCUGCAACUGAACCAAUUGAAGAUGGAAACCAAAUCAAGAGCACGUUUGUAAAUAUAGUGAUAAGUGUCGUCAGUAUUUUUAGCUCAUAGCGCAAGUCACUGCAAAUCACGUAUGGAAAAAGGAUCGCAGCUUCCUUUGUCCUCCGCACCACCAAUUUAUGUCUUUAAACUAAAUAGCAACAACUGAAUGCAUCAAAUGUUAUUUUGUAAAUUCAGUGUAUAUAUUAAGGUGCCAAAAAUAAUGUGCAGAAAUUAAAAAAAAAAAAUCAAUAAAUAAUUAAAAGGGUGUUUGUGUAGAUAUUCGAUAGGAAUAUUCAGUGAUAUGACCACAUGAAUUAUGAACUUGAGAUUAUCCCAUGGAUUAAAAUAAAGAUAUCACGAAAAUAUGCAACAGACUUGAAA